CCCCGGCAGCCGGGCCGCCUGCGCUCCGCGUCCGCCGCUUCACCAUCCUCCUCCUCUUCCUCUUCCUCCUCCUCCCUCCUAUCGCCUCCGCGGUGCGCAACCCCCAGCGUCAAUUCAGGGAUCCCGGGCAAGCUUAGGGCCCCGGACGCUCCUCUGCCCAGCUUGGGCAUCUCUGCCGCAACUGCGGCCCGCAAGGCGGCCGCGCAGCCGGGGUGCCCUCAGCAGGCGGCCGCUUCUCUGCUCCGCUCCGGAUGCCAGCACUCCGUUAGCCAGGGUGGGGAAAGCCCUUCUGAGGCUCCCUGGUCUAAACUCCCGCCAGUCUCCACCGCCCCCACCCCCUCCACCUGGCGGGGGCGGCGCGGAAGCGAAGAGGACGCGCGGUUCGGGUGGGCACGCGUGGACGGUGUGCGGAUCUGCUCUGCUCUCGGCAUCCUCCCUCUCCUGCAAGUGGUGGUACUUGGACUCUGCUUUCAGCUCCCGAGAUUGGUGCUGCCUCCGGGAGCACCCUCUUUGCUGGCGGGGCGCUCAAGGCUGUUUGGAAGAGCCGUGGCGGUGGCGGCAGCGGCUGAGGCUGGUGCCUGGCGAGCUCCAGACGGGCGCUCCGCUCCCGCUUGGACCCUUUCGCCCUCCUCUUUCCUCCUCCGCUCCCUCCUCCCCAUCCCCCGUUUCCCACUCCUCCUCUUCCUCCUCCUCUUCCUCUCCCCGCUCGGCGAUGCGAGUCUGUGUCGUGUAACAGGAUUGGCGUUGCAAUGGCAACUGAUGGAAUGGGGGAAGGCAAGACAGCAGGGCUGGGGGCUCCGGACUGCAGGCGGGUGAGCCUCUGCCGCCGCUUGACGCUCCUCUGGGGACCUUCGCGAGUUACUUUGUAAAGGCGAACCCGGGCGAGGGAGCCCCGCUUCGUGCCCGGGUCAGAGGCCACUUCCUGCUCCCUGGCUGUCCAGCGCGGUUCGCGUCGCGCGGCGCCCCCGGGGCUCCUGCCGGCUCCUGCCGCUUGCCCGCGCCCGGAGCCCGGAGCCGCUUCCCUGAAGAACACUUGUCCUCACAGCUCUGCUUCCCAUCACCGCCCCCUGCUCCUCCCCGGCGUCUGCGAUUUUCCCAGGCGCCCGGUGUGAGUGCGGCUUGCUUGUGAGUGCAUGUAUUGGGGUAUUGUGUAGUGGGAGUGUGUUCGCGCGCGUGUGUGCUUGUUGUACGUGUGUGUGCUUGUGUGUGUGUGAGUGAGCGUGUGUGUGUGUGAAUGUGUGUGUGUGUGUGAGUGUGUGUGUGUGUGUGCAUGAGUGUGGGGUGUGUGGGGCUCCAGCGCUCCGCUCACGGCCGCCACCAGGGAAGGACAGACGGACAGCGCUUCCUCCCAUUGCUAGCAGUUCUCGGGCACCUGGACUCGGCCCAGGCACAAGUGAAGCGCUCCUUGCUGGCCGCUGGCCUCCAGAAGGUCCCACUGCGUCCCCCUUGGGCUGGAUAUGUUCAUGUUCACGUGAAGAUGGAUUUAGUGUACGGUCUCGUGUGGCUGCUAACAGUCCUCCUGGAAGGAAUCUCUGGCCAAGGAGUGUACGCUCCCCCGACAGUUCGGAUUGUGCACUCAGGAUUGGCCUGUAAUAUCGAGGAGGAGCGCUACUCGGAACGGGUCUAUACCAUCCGGGAAGGAGAAACUCUAGAAUUGACCUGUCUGGUUACUGGACAUCCACGCCCACAGAUCAGGUGGACCAAAACAGCAGGAAGCGCUUCUGACAGAUUCCAAGACUCAAGUGUCUUCAACGAGACGUUGAGGAUUACAAACAUUCAAAGACACCAAGGAGGCCGAUAUUACUGUAAAGCAGAAAAUGGCUUGGGGUCACCAGCAAUAAAGUCGAUCCGAGUGGAUGUGUACUACUUGGAUGAUCCAGUAGUAACUGUUCAUCAAAGUAUAGGUGAAGCUAAAGAACAAUUUUACUAUGAGAGAACUGUGUUUCUCCGAUGUGUGGCCAAUUCCAACCCCCCUGUGCGCUAUAGCUGGAGACGUGGUCAGGAGGUGUUGCUACAAGGAUCUGACAAGGGAGUGGAGAUUUAUGAGCCCUUCUUUACCCAGGGGGAAACGAAGAUCUUAAAGCUAAAGAAUCUUCGACCUCAAGAUUAUGCUAACUACAGCUGCAUUGCUUCAGUAAGGAACGUGUGUAAUAUUCCAGACAAGAUGGUGUCUUUUAGACUUUCCAAUAAAACCGCAUCUCCGUCAAUUAAGCUCUUGGUGGAUGAUCCUAUAGUUGUAAAUCCUGGAGAGGCCAUAACGUUAGUGUGUGUGACAACUGGAGGAGAGCCUACACCCUCUCUUACCUGGGUCAGGUCCUUCGGGACUCUGCCUGAAAAGAUUGUUUUAAAUGGAGGGACAUUGACCAUACCUGCCAUCACCUCUGAUGAUGCUGGUACUUACAGCUGCAUUGCCAAUAAUAAUGUGGGAAACCCUGCAAAAAAGUCCACCAACAUCAUUGUGAGAGCAUUAAAAAAAGGACGAUUUUGGAUCACUCCUGAUCCUUAUCACAAAGAUGACAACAUCCAGAUUGGGCGUGAGGUGAAAAUAUCUUGCCAAGUAGAAGCUGUUCCCUCUGAGGAGUUAACAUUCAGUUGGUUUAAAAAUGGUCGUCCAUUAAGAAGUUCUGAGCGGAUGGUUAUCACACAGACUGACCCUGAUGUGUCCCCUGGAACAACAAAUUUGGAUAUCAUUGAUUUAAAAUUCACAGACUUUGGGACUUACACAUGCGUGGCCUCUCUGAAGGGAGGAGGAAUAUCUGAUAUCAGUAUUGAUGUUAACAUUUCCAGCAGUACAGUUCCACCCAAUCUGACUGUUCCACAGGAAAAAUCACCUUUGGUCACCAGAGAAGGAGACACAAUAGAACUUCAGUGUCAAGUAACUGGGAAACCAAAACCAAUCAUCCUUUGGUCUAGAGCAGAUAAAGAAGUUGCCAUGCCUGAUGGGACAAUGCAAAUGGAGAGUUAUGAUGGGACCCUCAGGAUUGUGAAUGUUUCAAGGGAAAUGUCAGGAAUGUACAGAUGCCAGACCAGCCAGUACAAUGGAUUCAACGUGAAGCCAAGAGAAGCCUUGGUGCAGCUCAUUGUGCAGUAUCCCCCAGCUGUGGAACCAGCAUUCUUGGAAAUCCGUCAAGGACAGGACAGAAGUGUGACCAUGAGCUGUAGAGUCCUGAGAGCCUAUCCAAUACGUGUGCUGACCUAUGAGUGGCGUCUGGGCAAUAAAUUAUUACGGACCGGUCAGUUUGACUCUCAGGAGUAUACAGAAUACCCACUAAAGAGUCUUUCCAAUGAAAACUAUGGAGUUUAUAACUGCAGCAUCAUAAAUGAAGCUGGAGCAGGGAGAUGCAGCUUUCUUGUUACAGGAAAGGCCUAUGCCCCAGAAUUCUACUAUGACACCUACAACCCCGUGUGGCAGAACCGACAUCGAGUGUAUUCUUACAGUCUACAGUGGACACAGAUGAACCCUGAUGCAGUAGAUCGGAUUGUUGCAUACCGCUUGGGUAUUCGACAGGCUGGACAGCAACGCUGGUGGGAACAGGAGAUUAAAAUAAAUGGGAAUAUUCAGAAAGGAGAACUGAUUACAUAUAACUUGACUGAACUUAUUAAACCAGAGGCCUAUGAAGUCCGACUGACUCCUCUAACUAAAUUUGGUGAAGGAGAUUCAACAAUUCGUGUAAUUAAAUAUACGGCACCUGUAAAUCCUCAUUUGAGGGAAUUUCACUGUGGAUUUGAAGAUGGUAAUAUUUGUUUGUUCACGCAAGAUGAUACAGAUAACUUUGACUGGACAAAGCAAAGCACUGCAACAAGGAAUACAAAAUACACCCCUAACACGGGUCCCAGUGCAGAUCGGAGUGGUUCCAAAGAAGGUUUUUAUAUGUACAUUGAGACAUCGCGACCCAGACUAGAAGGCGAAAAGGCUCGACUUCUCAGCCCUGUAUUCAGCAUAGCUCCCAAAAAUCCAUAUGGACCUACAAAUAGUGCAUAUUGUUUCAGUUUCUUCUAUCACAUGUACGGGCAGCAUAUAGGUGUUUUAAAUGUAUAUCUACGCUUGAAAGGGCAGACAACGAUAGAGAAUCCUCUAUGGUCUUCGAGUGGGAACAAAGGACAGCGGUGGAAUGAAGCUCAUGUUAAUAUAUAUCCAAUUACUUCAUUUCAGUUAAUUUUUGAAGGCAUUCGAGGUCCUGGGAUAGAGGGUGACAUCGCCAUUGAUGAUGUAUCAAUUGCUGAAGGAGAAUGCGCAAAACAAGACCUACCAACUAAGAAUUCCGUGGAUGGUGCUGUUGGGAUCUUAGUUCAUAUAUGGCUUUUUCCAGUUAUCAUCCUCAUCUCUAUCUUAAGCCCUCGAAGGUGACCUUAUCCUGGCAGAGGCUAUAAAUGAUUCACCAGGCACUGGCAUGAAGAAAGAGUCUUUGUAAAUGGACACUGAAAAAAACAAACUACCAAAGAUUCCUCCACUGACUACUGACUCAAAAAUUAAAUAAUAAAAACAACAUUUUUUAAGCACUGGGGAUUAAAAAAAAAUAAAGACAUCAUGGAAAUAUAACUUAUUCCAAACUACAUAUAGAAGAUAUUCUUGGCCUGGGUACAAAAGAGCCCUUCAGGUGCUUUUGUGGCUAAAAUGAUUACAGCUUCAUCUGGUUGAACUCUGGAAAAA